AGGUUCCGAUUGCCUAAUGGCCUCAAGCCCCGGGCCUCAAGCAAGUCCCAAGGCGACUUUAAAUCGAGGUUGGUAUUUUUGGAUCAGUAACUUAACCCUUAAAAGUACUUAGAUAAUUAGAAUGGACGUCAAGAGUAGAAUACAAAAGUACAAUGAAUUCGCGCGCUUUGUUGCAAAAUAAAUGCUUUCUCGCAAUUUAACAAAUCUGCUCUAAUUGCACGGAGCUUUAGAGUUAUCUCGAACUCUGACGAGAAACCGAGAUCGGUUCACCUACCAGUACUAUUAUCGGGCCGGGAAAGUAAAGGACACAUUCCAUUACUUUAUAACUGAUAAAUGCUUGUGUGAUAAAUAGUCUGAAAUAACAUUGUAGAAUUAGUGAAAAUAAGUGGAAUACCAAAGACUUACCUCGGUGAAAUUAAAAGUAACAAAACCUUUAUAGUUUAUUUUAUUUAGUUUUUUUUUAAAUAAACGGUAGAAUGGGUGAAAGGAACGUUGCAUACUAGGUACAAGUAGCGGAGUCUGCAGGAAUUUAAUGUAUUAUAGUACUCAGCAUGAAGGGCCACCAGUAAGGGGGCCACUAUUUGAUUUUUGAGCCGGGGAUGGGUUAUUUUUUUCAUGCAAGAUUUUUUCAGACCUCAUUCGUGCAGGGGCUAUUUUGUUUUGCACAAAAUGUACAGACUUUAGUGACAAUAUUGAUCUACAAGAAUUUUUUCGGCCCUUUGGGCUAUUCAGCUUCGGCUUAUGUAAUGGUUGGCCCCGAAAGGUAUCACUACCUUAGAUUUGGAGCCUGAAUUUUUUUAGUAGAGUGAGAACACCCGCUCUGAACGAAUACACAUCGCAGCGGCCCAGCUGCCUUUUAGAAUCAAUAGAGAGGCUCUACCAAUCCUCGUUUAUCUUUUAUACCGGUCCUCAAAGCCAUUACACACAGAGAAAGCUGGGUCCAAAGGCACCGGAAUGGCUCGAAAAUCGCACGGCAAGAUUACACCUUAAGGAAGAUAUGGACGAGGAAACGAGGGCGGAGGGAAAGGAGCGACAAAGAACGGCAUUACAGAGCUUUGCGAAAGAUUUUGGACGGGGUGUACGACAGCAACGAACGAGAGGGAAGACCAAAGAAAGAACUGGUACACUUCCACUUGCUCUGAGUAUGUUCAGAAGAAAUGCGUCGGCACAUGGAGAAGUCGAUCUGCUGAAAGAGGUUCAAGGGAGUGAAGGACAAACUACAGUUCAAGACGCAGCCGAAGAAUAUGAGAUUAUUUAUUCAAAAGGCUACGUAGUUGCUCUCAAGCACAAUUACAAGAGGUUUAUCAUUCCUUUCUUCCUUGCAGUCCUUUUAAAAGAUCUCCACCAUAACGCUGGGUGA